GGCGUGGCUUACAGCCAACAUGGCGGAGUGAAGACUUCGGCAUCCAAACUUUACGGAUCGUUCAGUGGACUUGACGCAUUUAGUUCGCAUCGCUUUCGGUAACAUGACGCGAGGACGGAGCAGAGACCCGGUUCGAGCUGUUCGGAGCGGGUUUCUGCGCAGGUUCGCGGUUUUAGUCGCAUUUUUCAUCGCAGACUUGACGGUUUGUUGCUGCGAGGGAAUCAGUCCGCAGGGGUGUCUCGUCUGGGGUCCCGGACUGAGUCCUGAAGCGGUUUUACCAGUCCGGUACUUUUUUAUUCAGGCCGUCAGUUCUCAAGGAGAAAACCUGACGGUGUCUCCAGGUAAAGAUACGUUUAAAGUGAAGAUAAGCCCACUGGACCAGAAGGAGUACCUCCGUGUGCACGUCCCCCCACCUCUGGACAGAGGAGACGGGUCUUUCCUGGUCCGGUACCGCCUGUACGGGUCCACGGUCCAGGGUCUGAAGGUGGAAGUCCUCCACCGUGAUGCUGCUGUGGCCCGCUCGCCCUACGUUCUCCAAGGUCCAGUUUUUCAUGAAUACUGCGACUGUCCCGAGGAGGACGCGUCCAUCUGGCAGAGCGUCAUGCAGUGUCCCACAGAGGAGCCCCAGAUCCUGGAGGACUUCAAGUCUUUCCCCUCCGUGGACCUGAACCGUCUCAGACAGGAAGUGCCUCGCAGGUUCACCAACAGAGGCGGGCUGGUUCACUACGCCAUCCUGGACAACAAGGUGUACCGGCGCACGCUGGGCAAAUACACCGACUUCAAGAUGUUCUCUGACGAGAUGCUGCUGUCUCUAACGAGGAAGGUGAGGCUUCCUGACGUGGAGUUCUUCAUCAACGUGGGCGACUGGCCGCUGGAGACGAGGAAGGACGGGGCCGUCCCCAUCUUCUCUUGGUGCGGCUCCACGGACACGCUGGACGUGGUCCUGCCCACGUACGAAGUCACGCACUCCACGCUGGAGACCCUGAGGGGCGUCACCAACGACCUGCUGUCUGUCCAAGGCAACACAGGGCCUCCGUGGGCUAAUAAAACCGAGCGGGCGUUUUUUCGCGGUCGGGACAGUCGAGAGGAGCGUCUCCAGCUCGUCUCUCUCUCCAAGAAAAACCCGGAGCUGCUGGACGCCGGCAUAACAGCGUGGUUCUUCUUCAGGGACCGAGAGAAAGACGUGGGCAAAGCACCGCUGGUUGGAUUCUUUGACUUCUUUAAGCACAAGUACCAGGUGAACGUGGACGGAACCGUCGCAGCGUAUCGGUUUCCUUACCUGAUGCUGGGGAACAGCCUGGUCCUGAAGCAGGACUCGCAGUACUACGAACAUUUCUACAGCCGCCUAAAGGCAGGAAGUCACUACGUCCCCGUGGAGAGAAACCUGUCGGACCUUUUGGAGAAAAUCAAAUGGGCCAAAGAGCACGACGCCGAGGCGGAGCAGAUCUCCCGGGCGGGACAGGAAGCAGCCAGAGAGCUGCUGCAGCCCAGCAGGUUGUACUGUUACUACCACAGGGUCCUGCAGGAGUACUCGCUCCGACAGAGCGGACCGCCGGCAAGACUCGCCGACAUGGAGCUGGUGCCGCAGCCGGACGAUCACGCUGCCGCGUGCACGUGCACACGGGGCGUCAAGCCUGAUAAUGUGAAGGACGAACUCUGAUCAACUUUUUAAUAUUUCCUUUUUUUAAUUUUAUAUAAAACAUUCCUGACAAAAAAUGAAAGUGAAGUGAAGCGAAGUGAAA